AUGCCAAGUCAUUGGAUGCCUUUAAGCAUAGUAAAGGUCAUAUUGGGGAGCUCCCCAAAAGCGAAAAUGUCAGCGGUAGUCAUAACACGUCCACAGCAGAAAUCACAGAUAAUUACUACUUUAAAGCCUACAUCACCUACACCACCUAAAUCAACACCUCAGAGUCCUGAAGACACAACGGUAUCAGAAACAACGACAGAAGCGGUUACAGAUACUACUACAGUAACGACAGCCGCUGAAGAGAUUACGGAUUCUAAUGACGACUUUAUGACAACUGAGGCUACAACGACAGAAACUACCACAGAAGAAACUACAACAGAAACUACAACAGAAGCUACAACAGAAACUACGACUGAAGCAGCUAGUACAGAUGCUACUACGGACACAACAACGCAAGAGACGACCACUGAAACUACUACCGCGGAAACUACUACAGAAACUACUACAGAAACUACUACAGAAACUACUACAGAAACUACUACCGAAACUACUACAGAAACUACCACAGAUACCCCUGCUGACACUACUGAAGCUACACAAGCAACCAGAGCGAAACCGAAGAAGAGGCCGCAAGACCAUCACUUGGAUUCCCCAAUCUAA